UUGUUUUGUGCCUCUGUCAAAUAAUUGGCCUGGAUCCGCCACUGGUUAUAUCACCAUCAUAUCUCAGACCAUGGAGCUAAAAAUCCCUCCACCAGGAACCUCCGGCUCACUUACCUUCAAGGUGAACCGACGGGAGCCAGAGUUAGUAUCCCCGGCCAAGCCAACACCGAGAGAGCUCAAACUCCUCUCCGACAUUGAUGACCAAGAAGGACUAAGAUUCCAUAUUCCCUCUAUCUUUUUCUACAGACACAACCCCAAUGUUUACUCUGAUCCGGUCGCAGUGAUACGAAGAGCCCUGGCCCAGACGCUGGUCUACUACUACCCGUUAGCCGGUAGGCUCCGAGAAGGACCGAACCGGAAACUUGCAGUGGACUGUACAGGCCAAGGCGUCUUAUUCAUAGAGGCAGAUGCUGACGUUACACUAGCUGAGUUUGAAGAAAAGGAUGCUCUUAGUCCUCCUUUCCCUUGCUUUGAAGAACUUCUCUUUGACGUAGAAGGUUCAAGUGAGGUUAUCAACGCACCUUUGAUUCUUAUCCAGGUCACGCGUCUGAAAUGUGGAGGGUUUAUCUUCGCCAUCCGUCUCAGCCACGUAAUGGCCGACGCCGGAGGUCUCUCACUCUUCAUAAAAGCGAUUGGCGAGUUCGCACGUGGAUGUCACGCUCCAACGAUCCCUCCGACAUGGGAGCGUCAUCUUCUAAGCGCCAGAGUCCCGCCGCGUGUGACACAAACGCACCGCGAGUACGACGAACCGGCGGUGGCCGAGACAGAGUCCGCCACUGAAGACGAGGACACUCUGGUCAGCAAGUCCUUCUUCUUCGGCGGCGCAGAGAUGUCAGCCAUACGGGAGCUCCUCCCACCGGACAUCGCCAACCGCAGCACAGGUUUAGAAACGCUGACGGCGUUCCUGUGGUGUCAACGCACCGCCGCUCUACGACCCGACGCGAACAAGGAGAUGCGGGUCAUAUUCAUCGUCAACGCGCGUCCCAAGCUUAAAAACCCAACGUUACCUCGAGGAUACUACGGAAACGCGUUUGCGUUCCCAGUCGCAAUCGCAACCGCCAGAGACCUAGCGGAGAAGCCGUUAGAGUUCGCUUUGAGACUAGUGAAGGAGGCGAAAGCGAGCGUGACUGAAGAGUACAUGCGAUCGCUUGCGGAUCUUAUGGUGACGAAGGGGAGACCAAAGUUCUUGGCGGACGGAGCCUACUUGAUCUCUGACGUGAGAAACUUUGCGGAUAUCGAUCUCGGAGUUUGGGGUAAACCGGUUUACGGAGGGAUCGGUAAGGCCGGGGUUAUGGACUCUCUGGGGUCUAGCUUCUACGUUUCGCUUGAGAACAGGAAAGGUGAGAGAGGGAUUCUUGUGCCGGUUUGUUUGCCGGAGAAGGCGAUGCAAAGGUUCGUGGAAGAGCUUGACGCCGUGUUUAACGGUCAGUCUGUUGUGUCCAGUGGAGGAAACAAAAGUCGUAAACUGGUCAUGUCUUGUCUGUAAAAUAUAGUAAUGAUAAACUAUAAUACUGAUGAAUUGUAUCGUGCAUGUCUUUUGCUUUAGGUGUAAGAUUUGCUUUCUCCACACUCAAGAUUCUUUCCGACAA